AUGACACCAGACCCAGCAGUGUUUGCUUCUGUCGUGCUUAGGGCCACUGUGACUCUGUGGCACCUGACAGCAACAAAAUGUAAAGGUGAAGCUGAGAUUGGGAUCAAAGCCACCCACAUCAAGUUGCCAAGAACAGCCACAGAAUCUGAGGUGUUGAAGUACAUCGAGUCUUUGAAUGGAGACGCCACCGUGCACGGCUUCAUCGUGCAGCUCCCAUUGGACUCCGAGAAUCCCGUCAGCACGGAGGCGGUGAUCAAUGCCAUCGCCCCGGAGAAGGACGUGGACGGAUUGACGAGCGUCAGUGCUGGAAAACUUGCAAGAGGUGACCUAAAUGACUGUUUCAUUCCUUGUACACCUAAAGGAUGCUUGGAACUCAUCAAAGAAACAGGGGUGCAGAUUGCUGGGAGACAUGCUGUGGUGGUUGGGCGCAGUAAAAUAGUCGGGGCCCCGAUGCAUGACUUGCUUCUGUGGAACAAUGCCACGGUGACCACCUGCCAUUCAAAGACUGCCAAUCUGGACGCAGAGGUGAAUAAAGGUGAUAUCCUGGUGGUUGCCACUGGUCAGCCUGAAAUGGUGAGAGGGGAGUGGAUCAAGCCCGGGGCAAUCGUCAUCGACUGCGGAAUCAAUUAUGUUCCAGAUGACACAAAACCGAAUGGGAAGAAGGUUGUGGGUGACGUGGCAUACAACGAGGCCAAAGAGAGAGCCGCCUUCAUCACCCCGGUUCCCGGUGGUGUUGGGCCCAUGACGGUGGCAAUGCUCAUGCAGAGCACAGUGGAGAGUGCAAAACGCUUCCUGGAAAAAUUCAAGCCAGGAAAGUGGGUGAUUCAGUAUAACCACCUUAAGCUCAAGACGCCUGUCCCAAGUGACAUCGACAUAUCCCGGUCUUGCAAACCGAAGCCCAUUGGUAACCUGGCUCGGGAAAUUGGUCUGCUGUCUGAAGAGGUGGAGUUGUACGGUGAGACAAAGGCCAAAGUUCUGCUUUCCGCGCUCAACCGGCUGAGGCACCAGCCUGAUGGAAAAUACGUGGUGGUGACUGGAAUAACACCAACGCCCCUGGGAGAAGGGAAAAGCACAACCACCAUUGGGCUGGUGCAAGCCCUUGGUGCCCACCUGCACCAGAAUGUGUUCGCCUGUGUGCGACAGCCUUCCCAGGGCCCAACCUUUGGAAUAAAAGGUGGUGCUGCAGGAGGAGGCUACUCACAGGUUAUUCCUAUGGAAGAGUUCAAUCUCCAUCUCACGGGUGACAUCCACGCUAUCACUGCAGCUAACAACCUGGUUGCUGCAGCCAUCGAUGCUCGGAUGUUCCAUGAACUGACACAGACAGACAAGGCUCUCUUUAAUCGCCUGGUACCAUCAGUUAAUGGAGUGAGGAAGUUCUCUGACAUCCAAAUCCGAAGGCUACGAAGACUAGGUAUUGAAAAGACCGACCCUACCUCACUGACGGAGGAAGAGAUCAACAAGUUUGCAAGACUGGAUAUUGAUCCAGAAACUAUUACCUGGCAAAGAGUGUUGGAUACCAACGAUCGAUUCCUGAGGAAGAUCACCAUCGGACAGGCUCCUACAGAGAAGGGGUACACACGGACGGCCCAGUUUGACAUAUCUGUGGCCAGUGAAAUCAUGGCUGUCCUAGCCCUCACCAGUUCUCUGGAAGACAUGAGAGAGAGACUGGGCAAAAUGGUGGUGGCUUCCAGCAAGAAAGGGGAGCCCGUCAGUGCCGAAGACCUGGGGGUGAGUGGAGCACUGACGGUACUCAUGAAGGAUGCCAUCAAGCCCAACCUCAUGCAGACGCUGGAGGGCACACCAGUGUUUGUUCAUGCUGGACCGUUUGCCAACAUUGCACAUGGGAACUCCUCAAUCAUAGCGGACCGGAUUGCCCUCAAACUUGUGGGCCCUGACGGAUUUGUAGUGACUGAAGCCGGGUUCGGAGCCGACAUUGGGAUGGAAAAGUUCUUUAACAUCAAAUGUCGGUAUUCUGGUCUCCGCCCACACGUGGUUGUGCUUGUGGCCACUGUCAGGGCUCUCAAGAUGCACGGGGGCGGCCCCACGGUGACUGCUGGACUGCCUCUACCCAAGGCUUACACUGAGGAGAACCUGGAGCUAAUUGAAAAGGGCUUCAGUAACUUGAGGAAACAAAUAGAAAAUGCCAGGUUCUUUGGAGUUCCGGUGGUCGUCGCUGUGAACGUGUUCAAGACGGAUACAGAGGCUGAGUUGGACCUCGUCAGCCGCCUUGCCAAAGAACAUGGGGCCUUUGACGCUGUGAAGUGCACUCACUGGGCAGAAGGGGGCAAAGGGGCCUUAGUUCUGGCGCAGGCCGUCCAAAGAGCAGCACAGGCCCCCAGCAGCUUCCAGCUCCUUUAUGAUCUCCAGCUCCCAGUGGAGGACAAGAUCAGGAUCAUCGCACAGAAAAUCUAUGGGGCAGAUGACAUUGAAUUGCUCCCCGAAGCCCAGCAAAAAGCCGAAGUCUACACAAAGCAGGGCUUCGGGAAUCUGCCCAUCUGCAUGGCCAAAACACACUUGUCCUUGUCUCACAACCCAGAGCAAAAGGGUGUGCCAAUGGGCUUUGUCCUUCCCAUCCGUGACAUCCGCGCCAGUGUGGGGGCUGGCUUUCUCUACCCCUUAGUGGGAACGAUGAGCACAAUGCCCGGACUCCCCACUCGGCCCUGUUUCUAUGACAUUGAUUUGGACCCUGAAACUGAACAGGUGAAUGGACUCUUCUAAACAGAUUGGCUGUCUUCCAGAAGCUACUCUGGAGCUUUGUCCGGUGCCUGGGCCGAGCCUGCGGUGAGCUGGGGACUUUCCCCAGAAGGCUGCCUGUCAUCUUGGUGCCCAUCUCCAUAUAAAUUAGCAUAAAUCAUACACAUGUCUGUUUACUUUACUGAACCACCACAGAAUAAAAUUAAGUAAUUUUGCUA